CUUUUAAUACUCUUAACUGAUAAUAAAUAACUCGCAGUUUCUUAGUGCACUAGUAGCACAAAUAACGCUUUGAAUAUUGAAUAUUGAAUAUCUUGAAGAAAUAAAGAAGAAAAAUGAAUUUGUUUUAUUUAUUAAUGAUAACAUGUGUUUUGCAAAUCAUUGCAAUAUAUGAGAUCGUCUUGGCAAAUGAAAUCCAGGAUAGUUUGGGAAACUUGACAACAGUACAUUAUCAACCAGAACAAGUGCAUUUAUCUUUUGGGGACAAGUCUAACGAAAUUGUUAUUACCUGGUCUACGCGCAAUGCUACAAAUCAAACAGUGGUUUUUUAUCGCAACAACGUUGAUAAAUCCCAUAAAUGGUUGACCGCCCAAGGUUUUGCCAAACAGUUUGUUGAUGGAGGGCCGAAAAAAUCUAAACAAUGUAUCCAUAAGGUAGUGUUAAGAAAUUUGAAAUGGAACACCUCUUAUGAAUACAUAUGCGGUAGCGAUUUGGGUUGGUCAGCACGCUUUUAUUUAAAAACAGUACCUCAAGGCAGUGAAUGGUCACCUAGAUUAGCUAUAUACGGCGAUAUGGGUAAUGAAAAUGCCCAAUCUAUGGCACGUCUACAACAAGAUACUCAGCAGGGUAUCUAUGAUGCAAUUAUACAUGUAGGUGAUUUUGCCUAUGACUUCGAUACGGAUAAUGCUGAAGUGGGUGAUGCUUUUAUGCAACAAAUUGAGGCCAUAGCCGCCUACGUACCGUAUAUGGUGUGUCCGGGAAAUCAUGAGGAGAAAUACAACUUUUCAAAUUACAAAGCACGUUUCAAUAUGCCCGGCGAUCAUGAUAGUCUAUGGUACAGCUUCAAUUUGGGUCCAAUACAUUUCAUCAGUUUUUCAACCGAAGUCUAUUAUUAUCUGAAUUACGGUCUUAAACUGUUAACUAGACAGUUCGAAUGGCUGGAAAAUGAUCUAAAACAAGCUAACAGUCCGGAGAAUCGAGCCAAACACCCGUGGAUUAUUACUUACGGCCACCGGCCCAUGUACUGCAGCGAUGAUAAGGAAUACGAUUGUAAUACCGAAUUGGAAACAUUUAUACGUCAAGGCUUGCCGCCUUUCAAAGUGUUCGGCUUGGAACAGUUGUUCUACAAGUACGGAGUUGAUGUGGAAUUUUUUGCUCAUGAACAUUUCUAUACACGUUUAUGGCCGAUGUAUGAUUUUAAAGUGCACAAUACCUCUUAUAUAAAUGCUACGGCACCCAUACAAAUAAUAACUGGUUCAGCUGGCAAUAAAGAGAAUCGCGAACCAUUUUCGAAAGAAUUACCUGAAUGGAAUGCAUUUCAUAGCAACGACUACGGCUAUACCCGUUUGAAAGCAUACAAUGUCACGCAUUUGUAUAUUGAGCAAGUUUCCGAUGAUCAGAACGGCGCCAUAAUUGACAAGGUCUGGAUAAUUAAAUAUCAGCAUGGUGCCUACACUGCCGACGCUAGCCAUGCAUAAAUAAAACGAAAGUGUAAAUAAAACAAUUUCAAUCGGUUAUAUUCCUUCAAAAAGUCACCUCAUUAUCUCUCCUUAUAUUCAAGACGAUUUUUGUUUCAUUUCUUUUGAAUUGAUUUGACUUCCACUACAUACUUUUAUAGUAAUUAUUAUACGAAGACUACUGCAUUUGACAUUUUCGUUCCGAAUAUCAUUUCUACAGGCUGUUAUUUUCGGUUUUGCGUCCCUUUGUCUUACGCGUGUUUGUCUAAUUAGUUUGUGGGCAAAUUUUUUAAAUUCUAUCUCUCUCGACAUGCUUAGUGCAUUCGAGCGUAUUGCACAUAUCAUUGUACUGUCCGUUUUUCGUGGUUAAUCCGAAGGCAAGAGUGACUAUGUCGCGUAAAGUAAAGCUGAAGGCUUUAUAGUCUAACUCUAAGCUCCACGGAGGUCAAGAGUCGAUUCACUAUGUCACGAGUACGUGACAGCAUUGGUCUACUGCAGAUUGUUACUUGCCAAGAUCCUUCGGGAGGAAGCUUACAUAUUUACAUUCAUAUGGAAACCGCGCUGGAAGUAUGUCCAGUAUGUCCCUUGGGCGAGUAUCGUGAUGGUCGAGUUUCUAUCAUUCCUAAAACGAAUAAUUAGAGGUAACGAUAGGCCUCAACACUUACCAAAGUGGGUUUAUUGAGCUAUACACCAUAAACAUAUCUGCUUUCUCCAGUGUAGUUCAGGCUACUAGCUUAUAAGGAUUGUGUAACCCUCUGGAGGGCGCCGGUUACGCAAAAUUGUCAUUGGGCACCGUGAGGUUAAACCGACUCGGUGGAUCUCAAGUUGAGCUUUAGUCACAUUUUUCAACCAAAGUGUCAAUUUCCUUAUUAAAUGAAAGACGUCGACAUAGUCGUCCUUUGUCCAGUGAGAAUACAAUGUCCACGUGCAUUGUGUUGACUGGUUCUUUAUUUCUGCAGCUUUAUCUGCAGAUUCUAUUCCAUAUCGAGUUUCAGAUUGUGUGGGACCUAAAACAAAGUUUCACCAGAGACUUUUCUUAUUUCUUCUUUCAUCGUUUCUGAUACCACGGGUGCCAUAAGCCCCCGAAGCAAUCUUCCAGCUUCGGUCUGGCAGCGGGAACGGCCCAUUGUAUAAGUUUCAUGAUGGCUACGGUUGGCCCAAAUUGCGGGAAGAGCAUUUUCCCAGCGUAGAGUUGCAUUGCAACCAGAGAUCUGAUUUAUUUUACCUAUUGCCCACCGGCGCUCGGGAACUAAUCAUCUUGGGGCGUUAAGUAUGCAUUUUCACGCUUCGUAUGCUAUCAAGGAUUAUUCAUAUGAGUUAUAUUUGAAUAAUGAAAAGAUAUAAUUUUUCAAUAUUGUUCUGAAAAUGCAAAUCUUUUGAUAUGUAUAAAGAACACAGACGAUCUUGUAUACGGAUGGAUCGUUUGAGACUGUUAGUGUAUGCUGUUGUCCACGAUAUUGGCUGCCGCCGUAUCCGUUAUGACUUAUAACUUAGAUCUGCGCGGAAGGACGUUAAUCUGUUCACACAGCCUUAGCGUCAUCACAGCAAUAUGAUUCAAUCGCAAAGGUGCUUUUGAUCAUGUAUUAUGCCCAGGAUGCAGAUUCCCUCUCAUAUUAGGGUUGAUGGUAAAAAGCGAGCAAUUGAAAUUGCCAAGCGUGCCCUCUAUCAGUGUCAUAUAUCUGAACCGUCCUGUCUUCCUCACACAAUCACUUCACCGUACAGGCCCACUAGAACCGUUAGUAGUCUCCACCAUUAGAAUCGCAAAUAUAUUAGAGAUUUAAGAAAGUUUAAAGGACGGCACGGAAACACAUCAAAUCCUGAAUAAUUUGGAUACUUAUAGAAUUUAAACCCAUGUGGAAUUUUAUGAAAUAACUGCAAUUAAAAAUAUUCAAUAGUAUUUUAAAUACAUUUUUAUAGAUGUUGCUAUUUUUUUUAGGUAGCAUUAAUUGAUGAUUUACACUGUUAUCAGCGAUUUCAGUCAUUAUCGUAAUUUCUAAUAUAAAAUGAAAUCAAUAAAAAAUUUGAAUUGCGUGUUAUUUUGAAAUUAAAUCAAGAAAAGAUCUUAAUAUCAAUGAAAUCAAAUCCACAGCCACUAAAGUAGUUUUAGUUUUCAUUCUUUUUCUAGUAAUAAUAGAAAUAUUUUAUCCAUCAAAAUUUAUUAUGUCUCCUUCCUUUGUUUAGUGUUUCAAAACAGUUUUCUUACACAACCAAUAGUUUUAGUGAAAUCCAUUAAUUUUUCAUAUGCAUAU